AUGUGGAAAGUUUUUACUAAAAAGCGCAUAGCUUACGCAAGCAUAGCAGUUGUUGUUGGCGGUGCAUCCGCCUACUAUUUUUAUCCAGGUCCCUCAAGGAGAAUUCGAAAGCAACAAGCACAUAGUUUACCCAUUAUUAAGCCACAGUUUUUAAUGUCAGCGACAUACGCGGACGCGUAUAAUCAAGUUCAAUCAGAAACUUCAUCAGAAAAUGAACUGCAUGCUUUAUGGGUCCCGCCUUCGAGAAAAGAAAUGUUGAACAUUCUCAAAAGUUCAAGCAUGGAAGGUCCGUCAGAAAAAGAUAAUGAUGUGAAAGAACCACCAUUUGAUCUAUUGAUUAUAGGUGGUGGUGCUACCGGUGCAGGUACAGCUCUUGAUGCUGCAACAAGAGGAUUAAAAGUUGCAUUGGUGGAAAGAGACGAUUUUUCUGCUGGAACUUCUUCACGCUCUACAAAACUUGUUCAUGGAGGUGUUCGAUAUCUUGAGAAAGCAUUUAAAGAACUCGACUAUGGGCAAUACAAGCUUGUAAAAGAGGCCCUUCAUGAACGUGCUACUUUUUUGCAUAUUGCCCCUUACUUAAGUUACCCAUUACCUAUUCUGUUGCCCAUUUACAAGUUGUGGCAGGUUCCAUAUUUCUGGGUUGGUUCAAAAGUUUACGAUUUCCUUGCAGGCCGCGAAUCUAUGGAAAGCUCACAUUUCUUGUCUAGUAGUAAAGCAAUUGAAGCCUUUCCAUGGUUAAAAAAGGAGAAACUCGUUGGUGCUAUGGUAUAUUAUGACGGUCAACACAAUGAUGCACGUAUGAAUGUCGCUCUUGCAUUGUCCGCUGUUUCACAUGGCGCAGUUGUUGUAAAUCACGUGGAAGUUACGCGAUUAUUGAAAGAUAAAAAUGGCAAAGUCAAUGGAGCGCGAGUCAGAGAUAACUUGAGCGGUGAUGAAUGGGACAUCAAAGCUAAAGGUGUAAUAAAUGCUACUGGUGCAUUUACAGAUGGUAUCCGUUCUAUGGAUAAUCCUAGGUGUGACAACAUUGUCGCGCCAUCUGCAGGUGUUCAUGUUGUCCUACCAAACUAUUAUAGCCCCCGAAAAAUAGGCAUGAUUGAUCCUUCAACAUCAGAUGGGAGGGUGAUUUUUUUUUUACCUUGGGAAGGAAGUACAAUUGCUGGGACAACCGAUUCACCCACUGAAUUAACAUACAAUCCAAUGCCCAAAGAAGAAGAAAUACAAUGGAUUCUUAAUGAAAUCAGAACGUACUUAAGCCCUGACAUUGAAAUUCGACGAAGUGAUGUUCUCGCUGCAUGGUCCGGAAUUCGUCCUUUAGUGCGUGAUCCUAGUGCCAAAAAUACGUCAGAAUUAGUAAGAAGUCACAUGAUUAACGUUAGCCCUUCCAAUUUAAUCACAAUUGCGGGCGGAAAAUGGACAACAUACAGAAAUAUGGCAGAAGAAACGGUUGAUACAGCUAUUAAAGUACUUGGACUGAAACCCCUGAAUGAAUGUCGUACUGAAAGAACGAAGCUUAUUGGGUCGCACGGAUUUUCUCCAACAAUGUUUAUAAAGCUUAUUCAACAAUUCAAAUUAGAUACUGAAGUUGCACGACAUUUAGCUAAUAGUUAUGGUGAUCGUGCAUGGGCUGUUGCUGCAUUAGCACGUCCAACUGGCAAAAGUUUAACAGCUUUUGGCCGCAGAUUAAAUCCACUAUACCCAUACAUUGACGCAGAAGUUAUCUAUGCUGUCCGUCGAGAAUAUGCUUGUACUCUUGUGGAUGUUAUCGCGCGUCGUACUCGCCUGGCGUUUCUUGACGUUCAAGCAACUCUUGAGUCGCUUCCACGUAUCAUGGUGAUUAUGAGUAAAGAGCUUGGAUGGUCUUCAGAACAACAAAAAAGGGAAUUUAAUCAGGCUGUCGAAUUUCUUAUCACAAUGGGUCUUCCUCGACCAAAAGAACAAGGAAAAUCUUAA